GCUAUGGGCUAGAUGAAUGUAGUUCUUCUUCAUAGCAAUCAGUGAAAUCCAGUCACAUGGAGUAAUGCCAGACUCUGUGCCCAUAUCUCACACAGUACCUGCCCUUCUGCUCCGUGGCCAGCGCCAAACACACUUACCUCUUUCAUGUCUAAGAAAAGAGGUCUGAGUGUCGAUGAAAAAAGAACAAAGAUGAUGGAAAUAUUUUUCGAAACUAAAGAUGUAUUCCAACUAAAGGAUCUGGAGAAAAUUGCCCCAAAGCAGAAGGGAAUAACUUCCAUGUCGGUGAAGGAUGUCCUGCAAAGUCUGGUGGAUGAUGGAAUGGUAGAUUCAGAGCGCAUCGGAACUUCCAAUUAUUUUUGGGCCUUUCCCAGCAAGGCUCUCCAUGCACGAAAACGAAAACUGGAGACAUUAGAAAGCCAGCUCUCGGAAGCAAGUCAAAAGAAAAAGCAGCUAGAGCAAAGUGUUCAAAAAGCUAAAGUUGGGCGUCAAGAUACGGAAGAGCGAACAAAGCUGGCUGCGGAACUUGCAUCAAUGAGGCAACAAAGAGAGAAACUAACAACAGAGCUGGAAAAGUACAAAGAAUGUGAUCCAGAUGUUAUUGAUGAGAUUCGUAAAACAAACAUAGUAGCUAAAGAAGCCGUUAACAGAUGGACUGACAACAUAUUUUCUGUGAAGUCUUGGGCCAAGAAGAAGUUUGGAUUUGAGGAAAGCAAGAUUGACAAGACAUUUGGAAUACCAGAAGACUUUGAUUAUAUAGAUUGAAUUACUUUGAUAAAUUGUGUAUAUUUAUAAACCUUGAUGUAUAUUGUGGUGGGAAGGUUUUUUUCCC